UCCCCCGCUGAAUGAAGCAAGCAAACAUGGCCGCGCUCACCAACAGCAACCAGGACCUCUCAGCGUCUAUCGCCGGCGUUUGUAACGAGAAACACCGCCCCGAACACCUGCAGGCGCUGAAGACGUUCACGGCUGCGUUGCGGGACAGGGAGCACAGGGAUGCCGUGGAGGAGCAGGCCUUCACCCGUCUCCUGCAGGUCCUCACCAGGCUCAGCGGCGAGCUGCAGGCUGCCGAGGAGGAGGGAGGCGACGGCGGCGAGGAGCUGCGGCCCACCGCCCGACAGCUGCAGCUGCAGCUGAUUGCCGAGUGCUUCAGGGCACAGAGGAACGCGUGUGUCCAGAGCACACGCAACCAGAGUCUGCUCAGGGAGCUCGGUUUCGUCGACGUAUCCCUCAAACUCCUGAGCUUCCUUCUGACCGCAAAUGUGGAGAGCAGAGAUGGCAUAUUUGAAGCUCUCCGCUGUGGGAUCCAGUUCCUCGGUAAUUUGGCCGUGGGAAACCAAAAGUGCAAGGAUGUAAUUUGGCAGCUGAGCUUCCCGAAUCUUCUCCUGCAGCUGCUCGGGUCGGACGAUGAAAAGACGGUGAACUACGCCUCCAUGGUGCUCCACACGUGUCUAGACAAAGCCAAGGUCGAAGAGAUGUCUGAGCCUCAGAACAUCCAGCUGGCUCUCAGGGUGAUGGAGCUCUGCAGGACUCAACCUGACCUGGACUGGACGGUUCUCAUCGCAACCCAGCAUUUCCUCAAAUCCUCAGCUCUGGUGGAGAGCAUGUACUCAGGGAUGUCUCACCAUGAAAGACUAACACUGCUCGAGCUGCUCUUUGCCCAGCUGAGGGAGGAAGACUCGGAGGAGUGCGGCGUCCCACCCAGCGUGGCUCGUUUCCUGGCCAAUUUCUUCCAGAAAGGUUGUGGAGCUGUGCUCACACUUGCCACUGGUUCUGCUUCCAGUGAUGAGGUCCUGCAGGAGGCGCUGACAGUGAUCAGUCUGCUGGAUGUUCUGUGUGAGAUGACCUCAGACCAUAAGCAGUUCAUGUUCCUACAGGACCACCCUGACCUUCUGGUGACCACCGUUGAGCUCCUGGGGCAGGUGCACUCCAUCGGGAAGGCCAGUAAGAAUAUUUUCAGUGCUGCUCAGAACUUCUCCUCCCUCAGCGGAGAUGGAGAUUCCUCUUCCUAUUCCCCCGUCAUCAGCUUCAAGGCUCACCUCAUCCGGCUGAUUGGAAACCUCUGUCACAGCAAUACCAACAACCAGGAAAAGGUGAGAGAGCUGGACGGCCUCCCCCUCAUCCUGGACAACUGCAACAUAGACAGCAACAACCCAUUCAUCAGCCAGUGGGCCAUCUUCGCCAUCCGGAACAUCCUCGAAAACAACACACAGAACCAGGAGCUGGUGGCCGACCUGGAGCGCCAAGGCCCGGCCGACUACUCCGCUCUCAGGGAGCUGGGAUUCCUGGUGGAGGAGCGAGAUGGAGGUGUGCUGCUCAAAACCGUGAGGAAAGACUCAUAAAGACCCCGGAGAGGCAGCCGGGAGAAGGAGCUCCUCCCCCCACAAGCAGGUUUUCAUGUGAAGUCACUGUUAAGAAGGGGGAUCAAGUACAUGUGCAUGCGCUUGCGUGCACAUGUACUCCUAUUGUGCUGCAAGCAUCCUUAACGUGACCAGGUUCUUAAGCUUCAUCUGCAGGUCAAUGACUCUGUGCCUGUUUCCAAAAAUGGACAGGCACAUUGCUUAUAUAGUAAAUGGAAAAAUGUUUUUUAUUUAUUUAAAUAUUUAUAUAGAAGAGUAGGUAUAAAUUACUUUUCUACCGCUUUGUUCAUAGUACUCAUGCUCAGACUGGCCCUUACCGUAUUGUUUACACACAAAAGGCCCAUGCCCCCUGCGUGUACCAAAAUCAAAAGGCCAAGACGUCAGCAGCUCUUGUUCCAUCUUGACCCAAGUCUGGGAAAAAUGAAGAGUUUUGGGACAUGUGAGCUCAUGCUGGUACCCUUUGACAAGGCGUAUGCUUUGUCGUCUAAUCCAAAGACAAAGGGCACCACAGUGUCCAGGCUUUUCCCUUUUCACAGACACUGAUGUUGCCAGCGGGGGGUGGGGUUUAAUCCCAGGCCCGUAGUGACUUCUGCAGUAACUGCGAAACGGGGAAUGACCCCCAAAAACCUACGAUGUAAUCAACCCCCUCACCAUCUUAGCUAAUUAAAAUGGUGGCUAAGACUUUUCUUUUCCUCUUUCAAACGCUCAAAAUACUCGCUCAUCUAAAGUGACAUAGUCUUAUUAAUAUUCUAAUCUAAGGACAUCAGUGCAAAUGCAAUAAAAACUAACAAACUAUGCAUGUUUUGUAUCGAAAAAAACAUGCUCAGUAUGAAGCAUGAGCUUGUCACUUUGUUUGCUUUUGCUUCUUGUAUCAAGAUUAAAACAGUAGUUUUAGACUCAACAUAGUCCAGUGAAUUCAACCUUAUUCUUCAUCAUCUCACUCUUAAUCUUCUAUUUCAAUCCUGUUGCUGUUGUAUAGAUCAAAAAGGCAUGAGGGCUUAUGACGCGCAGUAUUAAUCAUUAACCAUCGUCAUGUUUUACACCUUUAGACUUCUGUUCUUUCUCCUCGCUCCUCGCUAUUAUAAUUGAGUUUGACCAGACUGCAUAGACUUUUGUAGAGAUUUAGUAAAUACUAACUGUUUUUUCCUACUUACGUGUAGUUGUGUGUGGGCGUGUGUGUGUGGGUCUGUGUGCGCGGGCCUGUGUGCGCGCGUGUGUGCGCGCGUGUGUGUGCGCGCGUGUGUGUGUGUGAGCAAGCGCUUCUUGUGUUGAUCAAUGAUAGUGAUACCGGAUCAGUAGUCGAUGGAUGAGAGCAAACUAAAAGUGUGUGUGAGUGAGUGAUUCAGACCAGAAGCAUUAGUUUGCAGAAUGACAUCCCUCCCUGCUCCUCCCGUUGCCAGAUAAGCUGAGCGGUCCUGACACCUCAACAAUGCAGCGCUUUACGGGCCGGCCCGCACCCUGCCCCACCCUGUUUGCUCUGCCUCUGAUUUUUAAUGACAAAAUGUAUUGAAACAAUCGGCCGCCGACUCUCCCCUCAAUCCGCCGGCAUAGUGGAGGGAGCUUAUGCGGUUCCGGUCCCCAGGAUUUCAGACGGCUAACAAAACAGCUGUUACUCGCGCUCGACUGGCUGGCUGCAAUGCUUUUCAGCCCCCACAGGAAAGAGGCUGUGCGAUUCAGCCAGGCUGAAUGAGGUGGCACGGCCACGGUCGCCUGUUCACCUCCGAACACAUUUAGCGCGGUCAAGAACAGAAUUUCCCGUUUCCCAUAUCAGCGUUUUAUCCCGUAGGCCUCUACCACAGUGUCUUUGUGCCUUCUGGUUUGAUAAUUACCCACAAGAACCAAAACGCGAAAAAACACUUUGACGGGGUGUCAAGUACGUGCUUCAUUUUGCGGUCAAUUGAUUAUGUUUAUAUGAUGUGUAAUAAAGAAUUGUGUGUGACAAACA